AUACUACAUAUUCAAUUCUAUUCAAUUCAAUUAUUAUAUAUAUAAUCCUCAAAAAGUUCAUUAAUUUUUCUUCACACCCACAAAAUCUUGGUUAAAAAUCCAAAUUUUACACUAAAAAAUGGCAAAAUCUAAAGAUCUUGAAGCCCCAUUACUUACUUCUUCAUCAAAUCAAGAAACACCCACAAAUGAAUGUUCAAUUUCAAUCGAUACCCAGGUGUUGGAUUUUGAUGAAAACCCAUAUGGGUUUAUUGGGUCAAAUGGGCUUGAAAUAUUAGGGUCAACAACUUUGGAUCCAUUUAGAAACCAUACACCUAAAGUUGAAGGGGUUUAUGAGUGGCUUAAAGUGUUAAUUUGUGUGCCUAUAGCUUUACUUAGGCUUGUAUUGUUUGGAUUUUGUAUGUUAAUUGGUUAUAUUGCUACUAAAUUUGCUUUAAAUGGUUGGAAAGAUAAGCAAAAUCCAAUGCCUAAAUGGAGAUGUAGAGUUAUGUGGAUCACUAGGUUGUGUACUAGAGGGAUUCUUUUUUCAUUUGGCUACCAUUGGAUCAGGCGUAAGGGAAAACCUGCUCCAAGGGAGAUUGCUCCUAUACUUGUAUCUAAUCAUGUAUCAUAUAUCGACCCAAUAUUCUUUUUCUACGAAUUAUUUCCGACAAUUGUUGCAUCCGAGUCCCAUGAUUCGAUGCCAUUUGUUGGUACUAUUAUUAGAGCCAUGCAGGUGAUAUAUGUGAAUCGGUUUUCACAUCAAUCACGGAAGCAUGCUGUAAAUGAGAUAAAGAGAAAAGCUGCUAGUGACAGAUUUCCUCGGCUACUUUUAUUUCCCGAGGGAACAACGACCAAUGGAAGACUGCUAAUUUCUUUCCAACAUGGUGCAUUUAUACCUGGUUAUCCUAUACAACCAGUGGUGGUUCGCUAUCCUCAUGUACAUUUUGAUCAAUCAUGGGGCCAUAUUGCUUUAGGGACACUCAUGUUUAGAAUGUUCACACAAUUUCACAAUUUCAUGGAGGUUGAAUAUCUUCCUGUUGUUUCACCCUCUGAAAAUCAUAAGGAAAAUGCUGUUUGUUUCGCCGAGAAAACGGGUAGAUCCAUGGCCCGUGCUCUCAAUGUUGUACAAACAUCUCAUUCCUUUGUUGACUACAUGAUUCUUUCAAAGGCAGCUGAUUCUGGACAGGAAAAUCCAUCACUGUUUGUGGUUGAAAUGGCAAAGAUACAAGAAUUAUACCAUUUAAGCUCUUCGGAUGCCUUGGACUUUUUGGAUAGGUUUCUUGCGAUGAAUCCAGAUCCAAGUGGAAAUGUCAAAUUUCAAGAAUUUACAAGGGUAUUAAGAUUAAACCCUUGUGGUCUCUCUGAAAAGAUGUUCGAGUUCAUUGACAUGGGCAGGAACGGAAAAAUUACCUUUAAAGAGUUUUUGGUAGCAUCAGCUCAUAUACUUGCACAACCAUUAUUUCGGCGAGCUUGUGAAGUAGCCUUCACUGAAACUGACAUAGAUCAAGAUAAUUACAUUUCCGAGCAAGAACUUGGUGCUUCAUUGGUUCCAGCCAUGGGAAGCUUGAGUGGUAAUGAAAUACAUGAGCUGUUCAUUCUCUUUGACGGAGAUAGCGAUGGUCUAAUCAGCAAAGCCGACUUUAUAACCUGCUUAAGAAGAAACCCAUUACUGAUAGCACUUUUUUCUUCACAUAUUAUCCAGAAAGAUCUUAAUUCAAAUGCAGCGGCGGGUCUUUUAGAGGAAAUGGUGUGAUGAAUAUGAAUUAAGGUGUUUUGUGAUGUUGCCUUUGGCCAUAUAGAUGUAUUUUUGUUGGUUAAGGGGUUUAUGUGCAUAAAUCUCUUAUGUAAAUUAUGGGCAUAAUUUGCAUUUACCUCAUAUAGAGAGGAACUUUAGAUGAUGCAUUUAUAUGGAAGUUUUGUUAUAUACUUACAAAUGUUAGAUAAAGUUUUGUAUGAUACAAUCAUAUAGAUUAAUUUGCAUAUUAUAACCCAAUACAGAAUUUGAAAUUAUAUUUAUGGUACUGUA